UCUAACAACUUGCAGUCAGACUAUCUAUACGCAGGGAGGUGACCCCCAGUCCUCCCAUUUCCCACAAUGCAGCGGGGAGAGCGGCGCCAGGCUCGUACGGCUCACGUCACACAAUUCCCGGAUGAUCCUUACACUGUAUGCGGGGUUUCAAGACCCGGGAUGACCACCUUGGUGUUAGAUAACGGGGCCUACACUGCAAAGAUCGGCUACAGCCACGGACAAGUCAGUGUUAUUCCUAACUGCCAGUUUAGAUCAAAGACUGCGCGCUUAAAAACAUUCACAGCUAAUCAAAUUGAUGAAAUAAAGGAUCCCUCUGGUCUUUUUUAUAUACUUCCAUUUCAGAAGGGUUAUUUGGUGAACUGGGAUGUCCAAAGACAAGUAUGGGAUUAUCUUUUCGGAAAAGAAAUGUUUCAGGUCGACUUUGUGGACUCGAAUAUCAUCAUUACCGAACCAUAUUUUAACUUCAGUUCAAUUCAGGAGUCUAUGAAUGAGAUUUUAUUUGAAGAAUACCAGUUCCAGGCAGCUCUCAGAGUUAACCCUGGGGCUCUGAGUGCACACAGAUAUUUCCAUGACAACCCUUCAGAACUGUGCUGCAUCAUUGUGGACACUGGCUAUUCAUUCACACACAUUGUGCCGUAUUGCCGCAGUAAGAAGAAGCAAGAGGGUAUAAUAAGAAUCAAUGUCGGUGGAAAGCUGUUAACAAAUCAUUUAAAAGAGAUCAUCUCUUACAGACAGUUGCAGGUUAUGGACGAGACACAUGUAAUAAAUCAAGUGAAAGAAGACGUGUGCUACGUGGCUGCAGAUUUCUACAAGGAUAUGGAGAUGGCCAAAUUGAAGGGGGAAGAUAGCUCCUUGAUGGUUGAUUAUGUUCUGCCAGACUUUAGUACAAUCAAGAAAGGCUUUGUGAAGCCGAGGGAAGAGAUGGUGUUUAGUGGAAAGACUACAGCUGGAGAGCAGAUACUUCGCUUGGCCAAUGAACGGUUUGCCGUUCCAGAAAUACUAUUCCAUCCUUCUGAUAUAGGAAUUCAAGAAAUGGGUAUUCCAGAAGCCAUAGUGCAUUCCAUUCACAAUCUUCCUGAAGAAAUGCAACCUCAUUUCUUCAAGAACAUUGUUCUCACUGGAGGAAACUCGCUGUUUCUAGGGUUCAAGGAACGGGUGUACUCUGAAGUGCGCAAGCUGACUCCUACAGACUAUGAUGUGUCUGUUAUAUUGCCUGAGAACCCCAUCACUUACUCUUGGGAAGGAGGAAAGUUAAUAUCAGAGAAUGAUGACUUUGAGGACAUGCUGGUGACAAGAGAGGACUAUGAAGAAAAUGGGCAUGAGAUCUGUGAAGAGAAAUUUGAUAUUUAAUGAAUUCAUAUUGAAACUGUCAUUAACUACUUUUUAUACAUUUUUUUAGUCUUGUAAAUAGGCUAUGUAAAUUAUUUAUUAGAUUCAUUUGUUAUGUCAGUAUUGGGUGUUGUUUUGUAUGCAUUAAAUCCGCAGUGUUAAAUAUUG